AUUUACAGGUGAGAUUUACACGUCACAUAUGUCCGCGAUCGAAAAUACUCUGAUUUCCGGGACAGUAUAAACCUUCAAAGCCACAACCGUCAAAACUCUACUGCAGUUGUACUGGAAAGGUCAACCGGAAUGUUAGGUUUUCUUGUUGCUCUUCAAAUCAUCGGUCUUGUCGUAGCGUCCUCCUGGACCUCAGACCCUUCUGAAAAAUGUUAUUUCAACCCUCUCCCUUCCAUACCAUCCUCGACUGCCAAUCGUACCGUUCCAUGGGGCGAGCCAACGAUACAAUUCGCAAAUGGCACGACAUGCUGUUCUUCACUGAAUGAAGUUCGAGUACAGUUGGACACCAUCGAUGGACAGUUAUUGCAGCUAUUAUCAACAAGAGCUUCGUAUGUCCGAGAAGCCACCCGCUUCAAAUCUACCGUUUCAGACGUUAACGAUCCGUCUCGGAAUCAGCAGGUGAUACAGGGCGCUGUUGAUGCCGCUUCAUCGGUGCAUCUGCCACAGAUCGUCGCUGAGAUGGUGUAUGAGGGUAUAAUAAAUUCUAGUGUGACCUUUGAGGAAUGCAUAUUCAAUACCUACAAAGAGCAUCACUUGAAAACACAACCAGCAUAGUCAAGCGUUUGGUGCUUGGACAGAUGUGCACGGCCAAGGAGAAUUGGGCGAUGUGUGCGUUUGGGGUUGUUUCGUGACGGUUAUUGUCGUGGCGACCAUUCCUUUUUAUAUCGCGGCAUACUACUGCAGGCUGCUAGACUUUGAUAUAAAAAAACAGAGUGCCUUCAGUCGUGAACACUGAAUACACGGAUUUGGUAAGGGUUGGGCUACA